AUGUCUCACGAUCGUCGAACGUUCACAUCCAUCCUUUUCGACUCCCCGGACGCGGACGACGCUCCCGGGACGUCGCUCGAGGCGUCGACGAUGAACACCGUUGGGCGCUCGAUGGCUCGACACGUCACCAAAACCUCCUUCGCCGCACGAGCGAGCGAGGCCGAGGCGCGCGCGCGCGCGGUCGAGCGCGAUGCGUUCGAGCUCGCGGGCGUCUCGCGCGCGCGCGCGGAUGCGCGAGGGAGGGAGCGCGGGUCGAUGGGGACGACGUCAAAGCGGGCGGGCGCGACGCCGCCGACGGACUCGGCGCGCGAGACGGAGAGACAUCGGGAGAUCGUUCGUUGGAUGCACGCGAGCGUCGAGCGUGGCGCGAGAGGGUGCGUGAUCGGUGACGAGGCGGAGACGGAGCCGAUACGGGCGGCGUGCGCGUUCGCGAGCGAGAUGUCGGCCAGACGGCGGAGCGGGACGACGAGCGCGGUUUUGGUGCUGUGCGCGCCGAACGCGGUGAUGGCGUGGACGGAGACGCUGAAGAUGUUUGGCGUGGGCUCCGUGGCGUUGGUGAAGAACGGGGAGCAAGCGAGGAUUGCAUUUGAGAGGAUCGAAGCCGGCGCGGCGGCGGCGGCGGUGAUGUCGCACGACGUGUACAGAAACGUCGUCGAAAAGGCGAUGGAUGUGGAUUGGAUCGUGUGUGUGUACGAUGAGGUGCACAGAUUAAAGUCGGAGAAGACAAAAGGGUACGAGGCCGCGCGUUUGCUACACGAGAAGGUAUACCGCGUCGGAUUGUCGGACCAGCUGUUCUCCAACUGCGACUCGAACGAUUUGUGGGCAGUGCUGAACUGGAUCGCGCCGUGGCAACUCGGCGAUCGCAGUCUGUAUAACUCGUACUUCGUCAAGCCCAUCAGCGAAGGACACAAGGGGAAGCACUCUGAUCUCGCGACGCAGCGAACUCGCGAGCUACACGCUCGAUUGAGCACGAUGAUCACUCCCGGAAUCGGCGAGGCGGCGCUGUACCAGCAAUACGUCCCCGAGAUUACUGGCACGAAAGACGACGUGUCCACUGCGAAAAGAGCGCUCGAGGCGUUGGCGAAAUUUGAGAAUCUAACGGUGCCCGAGAUGGCGAAGAAAUUGCUCAGAAUGGACAGGAAGGCGCGAGACGCCUUGCGGCUCCGAGUCGUCGCGAGCGAAACUCUCGUCGGCUCCUUUGGAGUAGUCCUAGAGCAAUGGCGCAAAGAGAUGGAAAUGACGAAUGAUUGA